ACAUGGGGAAAAUUGGACAAAAUAAUAUUAUCAGAUAUCAGAAAACAUGGAGAGAAGUCUAUGGAAAGCGGCUGGAGUUCCACACGAGCUUCAGGACGGCAGCAAGAUACCUUUACUUCCACUAUUGCGUGCAAGUUCUACGCCGGGCUGCUAUCUCCCUAAGAGUAUGCUUCUCAGCCUAGUAGAGGCCCUAGGCCACUAUUAUAACGACCUGCUAGAGGGGGCUAAUCAGAACACUGCCUGUGGCGAUGAAAACCUUCUUUUGAAGGUUGGUUCUUCACAAAUCAAAAAAACGGCCAGCACUUAAACGUUGGAUGGGAAAGAGAUAGGGAUGAUGAUGAAAGCGAAAACGAAGACAAUGAAACGGAUGGGGGGUCUGGGCUAGGGGGUGAACCCUCAUAGACCUGGUUUCUUCUCGAUG